AUGGCUCGAUAUCCAUGGAAUUGGUCCACCUUUCACUGCCGACGUGCCAGGACCGACGUGACAGCCGCCUACAAAGAUUACGGGCCCUUCAAAGCAUGGCUACGCGUGCAUGCACAAGACUCCAUUCUGAAUGGAUACGAAAUUGCUGGCGGUAUAAAAGAUUCCUUAUUCGCGGCUCAAUUGGAAGAUGAUAAGUGCGGAGCGAUUAAAGAAUGGGUCGGGCUACUGGGGUUUAGCCAGGGUGCCAAUCUAGCUGCUAGCAUUCUAGCAAACCAGCAAGUCUUCCGCAAUAGGAGGGAAAUUGUUUAA